GAGAGAGAGAGAAUCCCCGACUCAAUUCCUACAACCACCAGACUGUGACCUUUCUCUCUCUCACACACACACUUUUAAGCUCAGUCCACCUCUUAAUUCCAACUCCUCCUCCUCAAUUGCAGCUACGAUUCCUUGACAUCCACUAUCCCUUUCGCCCAUAUUCUCCACUUCCUAAUUCACUAGAACGACCUUAUUCACGCAGCAAUUCCCCGAAGGUUUGUUUCCGAGAAUGGGAGGCCACUCCUGCUGCUACAAGCAGAAGCUAAGGAAAGGCCUCUGGUCUCCCGAGGAAGAUGAGAAGCUCAUAAAGCACAUUACGCAAUUUGGCCAUGGGUGUUGGAGCUCUGUCCCUAAACAAGCAGGUCUCCAAAGGUGCGGAAAGAGCUGCAGGUUGAGGUGGAUCAACUACCUGAGGCCGGACCUCAAGAGAGGUACAUUCUCGAAGCAGGAAGAGGACCUCAUCAUCGAACUACAUGCAGUCCUGGGAAACAGGUGGUCGAAGAUUGCAACGCAUUUGCCGGGAAGGACAGACAAUGAGAUUAAGAACCUGUGGAACUCCUGCAUCAAGAAGAAGCUGAGACAGAGAGGCAUCGACCCCAACACCCACAAGCCGCUCGCCGAGGUGGACGGCGGCGACGAUAAAGCCCUCGACAACAGCGAAAAGAAUUCUGGCUCCGGCGGCCUCCAGCUUCCUGUCACUCCCGAAUUGGCAAUUGCUAAUCAGCUCCCGACGGUGGAUAAGUCGAUGGACGAGAGCACGACCUCCAAGAGUUCAGCAACACCAACCAAAGAAUUCUUUUUGGAUCAGUUCCUCGCGAACCACGAGAACUCCUCGACCUGCCGUUCUCCCAGUCCGAUGGGCAGUUUCCCUCUUCCGCUGCUAAGCUUUGGUCCCGACUACAGCAGCAGUCUGACCACCUCGGCCGCUCUACCCUUCAGCUCCAAUCCACUCCUCUGGCUCAACCAGACCGCAAGGCAGCUCGACGCGACACCUGAGUUGAGCUGCAAUGCCAUAUCCGCUGCCGUAUCGUCCCUCUCGACUUCGGCAAUCGCCCCACCGAGCUGUGCUGGAGAUUCUACCAUCUCAAAUUGGCACGCCGCCAAUUGCAACAACAACCCCGGGAGCAGCGUAAACGAAAGCGGCGGCUUCAUGCUGCAGAGCAGCUGUUCCUUCGACAGUGGUAUCUUCCCCUGGUCAGAAUUGACGCCCGACAAAGUUGUCCAAGUCCAGCUCGGAGGCGAGACCGAGGACCUCAAAUGGUCGGAGUACCUUCACGGUGCAUUCCCGGCGUCGGCAGCGGUACAAGCCCAGAGCAGCCAACCUUUCUACGGCGACAUCAAGGGAGGAAGCCAAUUCACCAUCAGCGGUUUAAGUAUUUGGCAGCAGAACCAGCAACUCCAGCAUCAGUUGCAAGCUGCGGAUAUAAGCGGCAAAGAUUUCCAGUCCGUAUCUGUGGGAUUCCAACAAAUUUAGAUCCUGAAAAGAGACGGGUAAACGAUUCUGCUGCCCAAAAAACAGAAGAAACCAAAAAAAAAAUCUGGAUUUGCAAAGCUUGAGCAAUAAAUUCUCGAGUCAUACAGGUGUGAAUGCCGUAUACUUCUUCUCAUUCAUAUGGGACUGCUGUCGCAGCAACUUCAUCAGCUCUUCUUCAUGUAUAUUUCCCCGGAGAGUGUCUUUUCACUUUGUUCUUCUGCA